AUGAACGCGCUUGUUCGCUCACAUGUGCCGAAUGGAAUAAAACUCGUUGCAAUCUAUAUUGCUGAGGCACAUUCAAAAGAUGAAUGGCCAGUUGGUGAAACAAUUUCAUGCGUUGAACAACCGAAAACACUUGAAGAACGACUUGAAAAUGCUCGAAGAUUCAAAAAGAAUUUCAACUUCGAAAUGCCGAUGCUUGUCGAUGAUAUGAACAAUACUUUUCAUAACACCUAUGGAUCAUGGCCAUUUCGAUUCUUUGUCAUCUAUGAAGGUCAAUUAUUAUUGAAAGCAGAACCUGAUGCAGAAAUGUUCACCUAUGAUCUAGACGAGAUCGACAAAUGGAUUGCAAAUUUCUAUGAAUCACGUUCUCAAACCAUCUAA